UGGCUCGUCCAAACGAGCCCGAAUGAGACGGAGAGUUCCAGAGACGAAGAGUUGAAAAGCAAGCAGCGGACUCGGAGCAACGCUCUUGUCGGUGGUCUCCGUCGAAGACAUCAUCCACCACCGCCGUCGUCAAAAAAAAAAAAAAAAAACUGAAAAAUUAGCUCCUCCCUAGGGUUUCGAUAUUGCCCUUUUCUUCCCUAACCAGUUCCAUGGAAAUGCCCGGGAGGAGAUCCAGCUACUCCCUCCUCAGCCAAUUUCCGGACGACCCGCCGCCCCCCAAAUUCGAGUCGCCGCCGUCCGACAAGAGCCGCGGCCGAUCCCCCUUCGAUUGGCCAUUACCAUCGGACUCCAUCGUUGCCGGCGACCACCGCGCUGUGAGGAUCGGGCCGUCGGCGUUUCCUUCGGUGGGGCUACAAAGGCAAUCCAGCGGAAGCAGCUACGGGGAGAGCUCGCUGUCAGGGGAUUAUUACCUCCCCACUACGCUCUCAUCGAUCACGGCCACCAUCGACGAGGAUGCCUUCAAUCGGAUCGCGACCGCUGGAGAGGCACGGGCGAAGGAGGGGGCGGAGGUGACCGGGUCGUCAUCAUCAUCCAAAAGCUGGGCGCAGCAGGCCGAGGAGACGUACCAGCUCCAGCUCGCUCUGGCUCUUCGGCUCUGCUCGGAGUCAGCCUGCGCCAGCUAUCCGAAUUUCUUGGAUGCUGGUGAUCAGAUGGUCCCAGCAGAGCGUGCCUCGGCGGAGUCCAUGUCCCAUCGUUUCUGGGUAAAUGGCUGUCUGUCGUAUCAUGAUAAGAUUCCAGAUGGCUUCUACCUGAUUCAGGGAAUGGAUCCAUUUGUAUGGAUUCUAUGCACUGAUGUGCAAGAAGAGAGUCGGAUUCCAUCACUUGAAUCGCUAAAAACUGUCCACCCCAGUGAUUUAUCUAUUGAGGUGGUUCUCAUAGAUAGAAAAAGUGAUUUGGAUCUAUGCAAGUUACGGAAUUUGAUAGCUGACCUUUCAUGUAAUUGUUCAACCGAAAAAGAUAUGGCGGAACAGCUUGCAGAGCUUGUAUGCAUGCAGAUGGGGGGUGCAGCUUUUGACGAGGAAGAGAGUCUGAUCCCUCGCUGGAAAGAAUUCAGUGAGGUUCUCAAGGCUAGUUCCUGUUCGGUUGUGCUCCCGAUAGGAAAGCUAUCUGUUGGUCUUUGUCGGCAUCGAGCCUUGCUGUUCAAAAUGUUAGCUGACAUGAUAAAUCUUCCAUGCCGAGUUGCCAAGGGCUGCGCUUACUGUAGAAGUGAUGAUGCUUCCUCAUGUUUGGUGCGCAUUGGUCUUGACAGGGAAUAUUUGGUUGAUUUGAUUGGAAAGCCAGGCCAACUCUGUGAGCCUGAUUCUUUGCUUAAUGGUCCUUAUUGUAUUUCAAUUUCUUCACCAAUGCGUCCUCCGAAAUUUAAAUCAGUUGAAAUCUCUGGUAACUUUAGAUCUUUGGCCAAGCAAUACUUUUCAGAUUGUCGAUCUCUCAAUCUCAUCUUCAGCAAUGCUUCAGCAGGUACCAUAGUCGGUCAGGAAGAUGCUGUGGAGCCAUCUUCCUCUAAGCAUUCUGAUGAGAAGUAUGGAGAUGUGAAACCCUUUUCACCAGUAACAAGCAGUAAAAUGAAACUCCCUGAGACACAGCCUCAUGUCCAAAUUACUGCUCGGCCAAAUGGCCAAGAAGGGAUUUCUCAGUUACAAAAGAUGCACAAUCUUCACCAGAAUGUAAGAGGCUCAGAACCUAUGAGACAAGAAGCAGCACAACAAAGACUCAUCCCACAAGAUGCACGUAGAGAUGUUUUACCAUUUAUUGCCUUCUCUGAUUCAAAAUCUGAAAAAAGGAAAGAUUUCUGGUUCAUGGAGGAACAUCAGCAAGGGCGAAAUAAACCCAGCAGUGAUAUAACUCUUGCUAUGGAUGAUCUGACCAUUCCAUGGGGUGAUCUCGUUCUAAAGGAGAGGAUUGGAGCAGGUUCUUUUGGAACAGUUCAUCGUGCUGAUUGGCAUGGUUCGGAUGUUGCUGUGAAGAUACUCAUGGAACAAGAUUUCCAUCCAGAGCGUUUUAAGGAGUUUCUGAGAGAGGUUGCGAUAAUGAAAAGCCUGCGGCAUCCUAAUAUUGUUCUCUUCAUGGGAGCUGUUACUCAGCCUCCAAAUCUCUCAAUUGUCACUGAAUAUUUAUCUAGAGGCAGCUUGUAUAGGCUUUUACAUAAACCUGAUGCCAAGGAAAUUCUAGAUGAGAGGCGUCGAUUGAAUAUGGCAUUUGAUGUGGCAAAGGGAAUGAACUAUCUUCACAAGCGUAAUCCCCCAAUUGUUCAUCGAGAUUUGAAAUCUCCAAAUCUUCUUGUGGACAAAAAAUACACAGUGAAGGUAUGCGAUUUUGGUUUAUCACGAUUGAAGGCAAACACAUAUCUAUCCUCUAAAUCUCUGGCGGGGACUCCUGAGUGGAUGGCCCCAGAAGUUCUACGUGAUGAACCAUCGAAUGAGAAAUCAGACGUUUACAGCUUUGGUGUGAUCUUAUGGGAGCUUAUGACGCUUCAACAACCAUGGAGUAAUUUAAAUCAAGCUCAGGUGGUCGCUGCUGUUGGUUUCAAGGGCAGAAGGCUUGAGAUUCCGAAUGAUGUAAAUCCACAGGUGGCUGCCAUAAUUGAGUCUUGCUGGGCCAAUGAUUCAUGGAAAAGACCUUCUUUUGCCAGUAUCAUGGAAUGCUUGAAGCCUCUGAUUAAGCUUCCGCCAACUCAACCAGUACGUGCUGAAAUGUCACGGUUUACCUGAAAGAGCAUAUGUUGCAAGAUUGUGCAUUCUGUAAUGAUAUAAUUUGGAGGCAGAGUUUGUAGUGCUAUCAUCUAAGGUACUUCACACUGUAUGAUGAUGAUCAUCAUUCCUCUAGUCUGCUCCAUGGGCUGGAUAUGAAACCAAAUGAUGAAAAGCUCAUAUGGCUGAAUGUGUGUUAUUGUACUGGUUUUGACUCUUGUUAAGGACCAGUUUGCUUUGAUUCAUAAGACUCAAUCUCUAUCUGUGGAUGCUUAAUUAAAAAAAUGCAUAGUUUGAUCUAUUAACUUAACAACUGAAUAUGCAAAGAUUUCCUUUUUCAGUUAAUAAGUUGGUUUGAUGCCAUUAUCCGAAUAGCUAUUAAAGCCAAUGCUAUCAUCCCACAAUGGUGGUGAUAUUAAUUAAAGGCAUGUUAAAUUAUUUCAGGAAAUGCUGGUCAAGACUGAAUCAAUUGAUUAAUAGAUCCAUAUCCUUGAAGGCCAAAGUACAAGUUAAAUUGCAGCACUCUUAAAAUACAUUACAUCUCAAUUUAUUGGCAGGAUCAUCAGCUUGCUGUCGUUUCAUGCUAAGAUUGAGAAGACAGAUUUCCAAUGCAAUGGGAAGCUACCAAUGGUUAUUGUGCUGCUGGACUGGUCCCCCACCAAUCUUAUGUUGAUCAAGUAAAUUCUAAUGUUUAUCUAUUUGUGGUGCAUUCACGUACAUUAUCUUGUAGUUAAAUGCAAGUCAUUGUAGAGAAUGAGCUUAUUUGCAGGAAUCUGACUGUUUGAGCUUCAAAGCAGUUAAGGGUAUGGGCAUGUUUGUACGUUGUCUGCACACCCACCAGUCUUCUUUAAUUUAUAUUUGUAAGCGGUUCCUCAUUCAGCUUUAUGUGUAAUGAUAAUUUGCUCACUGGUAUAGCACAUCAGCAUUGUAGAACACAUUUGUAUGGUAAAAACGACUGCAUCAUGCUAAAAUCACUGGACAUUUGAUGUUCAUUGGGCAUGAUUACUA